GGGGGGAGGCAAGCGGAGAUGAGGAGACCGAGGGGGAGGGGAGGGGACAACUGGUUGAUUCAUCCCCGCAGGGCCAGCCAAGCCCCAAAGGCCCUCAGCUAUCAUGGCCUUGAAACUCGAGGACCCUGGUAACGGGUUCCGGCAUGGCAAGGUGGUGGCCUUCAUCAAUGAGAGCAUGGCCAGGCACGAAAAAGGCUCUGCGUUUUAUCUCGAGAAUAUAUCCUUGUCCUGGGCGGCGGUGGAGGACAAGCUCCAGGCCAUACUGGAAGAUCAUCAGGUGUCCAGCGAGGCCAAAGAGGCCUGUGUCUGGGGCAGCCUGGCCCUGGGCAUGCGCUUCUUCCACAGGCAGAGCCACUUACACUGGUACAGGGUGGAGUGGCUGUACUACCUCGCCAAACUGCACAAGUCGGUGGCGCGGGCCUUGGUCUCAGACAUGAAGUUGCUCAAGGCACAGCAGGACGUGGAGCGCAAGGAGACGGCCUCCCUGCUGCAGCAAGCCCAUGCCAGGCUGGCGGAGGUGCAGAAAGAGCGGGACCUCCUGAGGUGGAAGCUGUUGCAGGCAGUAAGAUUACUCUGACUUGGUCCCUGG